UUCCUUCGUUUUGUAUGAGUGUUGCAUGAUCAUGGACAGUUCUAAGAAAGGUGGAACUAUUGGUUUCUCAGAGCUGCUCAGUCUCGUUGCUCUCGUUAUUUCUUGCUUUUGCGAUGCAACCUCGGAAGCUGCUUGCCUUGGAAGUGAGAGACAAGCUCUUCUGAGGUUCACACAAGACCUAACGGAUACUUCAUCCCGGCUUGCCUCUUGGAGCAAUGGGGGGGAUUGUUGUGACUGGACCGGAGUGGUAUGCGACAACUUAACUGGUCACGUCCUUGAGCUUCACCUCGGAAAUAUCCAUGAUCCUAAUGAUGAUGUUGUCGUUCCAGGCAAGGCUUUCGAGCUUUCAAGAUUGAGUGGUAAGAUAAAUUCCUCUUUGCUCGAUUUGAAGCAUUUGCAGUACUUGGACCUGAGUGGCAACAAUUUUGGAGGACAAAUUCCUGGAUUCCUUGGUUCCUUACAGAAUCUAAGAUAUCUCAACCUCUCUACAGCUGGAUUUGAGGGACGGAUUCCUCCUCAACUUGGAAACCUCACAAAUCUGCAGUAUCUUGAUCUCCAUGAUCUUUUAUCUGCAUUUCUGUACGCAGAGAAUCUUCAAUGGCUUACCAGUCUUGCGCAGCUGCAACACCUUGAUUUGAGUGGCGUAAGUCUCAGCAAAGCCUCUGACUGGUUACAGGUGACAAAUGCGCUCCCUUCCUUGAUUGUCUUACGCCUAUCAUAUUGCCAACUUGAUCCUGUUCCUCCACUAAAAAAUGUUAAUUUUUCAUCUCUGGGCACUCUUGAUCUUUCCUACAAUGAAUUUAGCAACUCCUUCAUUUAUAGCUGGAUUUUUGGCCUUAAUUCCUUGGUUUCACUUGAUCUCAGUCAUAAUAGUUUUCAAGGUCAUUUCCCAGAUGGUCUAAGAAACAUGAGCUCUCUCAGAUAUCUCAGCUUAGCAAGUAACCAAUUCAAUUCAUCAAUACCCAAUUGGUUGUACAGUUUCAACCAUCUUCAGGACCUCGAUCUUGGAUCCAAUAACUUGCAAGGCAGAAUCUCAGAGGAUGUUGGAAACUUGACUUCGGCCAUAAGCCUCGACUUUGGAUACAGUAAUCUUGAAGGAGCAGCGUUAAGAUCCUUGGGAAACCUUUGCAGCUUGAGAAGUCUCUCUCUGUCUGGUAUCAACUUGAGUCAAGACGUAUCAGAAGUCUUAGAAUCUCUGUCAGGAUGCCUCUCCGAUAGACUUGAGUCAUUGUUUCUCGCUAAAUGUGAACUUUCCGGUCAUCUUACCAAUCAACUUGGUCGAUUCAAAAAUCUACAUGACCUUUACAUGGCGAGAAAUUCUAUUUCUGGUCCGAUUCCAGACUCAUUAAGAUUACUUACCUCCUUGAGAGCCGUGGAUCUAUCUGAAAAUCAAUUGAACGGGACUUUUCCUGAAUGGCUUGGACAGCUUAGAGAAUUGGAAGUUUUAUGGAUUGGUGAAAAUUCGCUACACGGUGUCGUUUCUGAGGUUCACUUUUCUAAUGUCAACAGACUGAGGUUACUUCAGGCUUCCGGAAAUCGAUUGAGUUUGAAAGCAAGUCCUGGUUGGAUUCCCCCUUUCCAACUUGGGGUUAUAGCUUUGUCAUCGUGGAAUUUAGGGCCGAGCUUUCCCCAUUGGCUUCGCUUCCAAAAGGAUUUUGUGUUUCUGGACAUAUCUGUUGCAGGGAUUGUUGAUACACUUCCGGACUGGUUUUGGAAUUUGUCUUCUCAGUUCUUUUAUAUGAAUCUUUCUCACAAUCAAAUCCAAGGGAGAGUUCCGGGGAUACUCAGCACAAUUCCUCCUCUUGGUUAUCCUUCAUCUAUUGAUCUGAAUUCUAAUUUCUUUGAGGGUUCAUUACCCUGUUUGCCCUCGAAUGUAGGCACACUAGAUCUUUCAAACAAUUCUUUUUCAGGGCCCAUUUCUCCCUUCUUGUGUUGCAACAUGGAGGAACCAAAGAGCUUGGGAAAUCUUCGUUUGGCGGACAAUCAUUUAUCAGGACCAAUUCCCGAUUGUUGGAUGAAUUGGCCAAACUUGAUUUCCAUUGAUUUAAAAAACAAUAAUCUAAGUGGUAGCCUUCCAAGGUCCAUGGGUUCUUUAAGCCUUCUUCAGUCUUUGCACCUACGCAAGAACAACAUUUCUGGAGUUUUGCCACUGUCGCUGCAAAAUUGUUCGUCGUUGUUGGCUCUUGACCUCAGUGAAAAUAAAAUUGAGGGGAGCAUACCUAGUUGGAUUGGUGAAAAGCUGUCCAAGAUCAUGAUUGUUGGCCUUCGUGCAAAUAAUUUUCAAGGUGACAUUCCUCAUAAGCUCUGUGCUCUUGGUUAUCUUACAAUUUUAGACCUGGCACAUAACAAUCUAUCGGGAAACAUACCAAAAUGUUUCACUAAUUUCAGUGCCAUGGCCAGUAAACGGAACUCAAGUGACCCCAUUUCUUAUGCUUUUGGUCAUUUUAAAAACUCCAUAGAGACGACUUUAGUGGUGAUCAAGGGAAUAUUGCUUGAAUAUAGUAGCACCCUUCGACUUGUCACAAGCAUGGACCUUUCAGACAACAAUUUAUCUGGUGAAAUUCCUGUGGAAAUUACUAGUCUUUUGGGUCUGAGAUCUCUUAACCUGUCUACAAAUCUUUUGACCGGAAGGAUUCCUGAGACAAUAGGCAAAAUGGGGUCAUUAGAAUCCGUUGACUUUUCAUUCAACCAACUCUCGGGUGCAAUUCCUUCAAGCAUAUCAAAUUUGACUUUCCUGAGUUACUUGAACGUGGCUUACAACAAUUUGACAGGAAAAAUCCCAUUAAGCACUCAACUCCAAAGUUUUGAUGCAUCAAACUUUGCUGGAAACGAUCUUUGUGGACCUCCACUCACAGAUAACUGCAGCAUAAAUGCUGUUAUACCCGGUGCUGAAAACAAAGAGAAAACAGGAGAUGGGCUUGAAGUGGAUUGGUUUUGGUUCUCUGUCAGUAUGGCACUUGGAUUUAUUAUUGCAUUUUGGAGUUUUACCGGUCCUCUGCUGUUUAAGAGAUCAUGGAGAUGCGCCUACUUCCGUAUGCUGGAUAACAUGGGUAAGAAGAUUCAGGGUGUUUUCGCCAAUAAUUGCUUGACUCAGAGAAGCUAAUGAUCAUUAUGUCCCUGCAUAUGGUGUUAUUUGUUGCAAUGUUUUCUCCUCUUUGUAUGCGUCACGUACGAACUGUUGGUUCGGGGAUGUUACUUGAAAUGUGAAAGUAACAGACCUGCAUCUUGUUUUGUUUCCUACCCUGAAUGGUGAACUAUUGGUUCUCUCCGUUUUGAAUAUAUACUCAA